GUGUGUGCACAAAACAGUGAGAUACAUUGCACAGGACCAAGUAGGCCGAAACGACCCGAGCGCAGUAGACAAUUCGAGUCGAGUCAAAAACAGCAUGUUGCAGAACUUUCUCGCGGUAACAGCGGUUGUCGGACUUAUUUUCAUCCGCGGAGGCCACUGCCAGUGCUACACGGACCCAGGCUGCGGUGGAGAUACAAUAGACGUAACAGAAGCAGGGUCACCAAUAGCAGAUCAAGCAGACUGCUGUGUUGGAACUAACGCAGGUCUCUCAUACAACGAUGGCUCCUCCUGCAAUCUCUGUAUAGUUCAUGGGUUUGCUCAAGCUGCAUAUGAUGUGGUGGAGGAUGAACGGUUGGACACUAUGUUUCAAUUGAAUGUGAAGGGAAUGACACAAUUUGGUGGUCUUGUUGUCACUGGAGUCAUCACCGCCACAGCAGAUGGCACUGCAGUUGAUUCUGACUUUGAACGGCUAACACCAAUCCGAGUCACAAACAAUGCCGAGAUCAGACUCUUUGCUGCCAAUGAUGAGAUUGCUCUGGAAUACGAUGAUAGGGUCCUACUGACGUUUGCUCCCGACAAUCCUGCUCUCAUACCGGCUUACUUGCAAAUGGAGAGUAUGUGAGGGAUUCCGCAACAGUGAAACAUCAUAGACAAUGACUUGUUGGAGAUCAAUUUUUUGGAGUCUGACUAUUCGAUUGUGGAGGGAUCCGCAGAGCUCAGUUCUCCAAUCAUGAUUCAGUUGAGACAAAAUCAGAACCCAUUCACACUCAUGUUGAGUCCAGUCAGUAUUGAUACUGCGGAGAGCAAGGGACUUGGAGUUUCUUUAUUAAUUCCGAACCAUUUUACCUGGAUCCAGAGCAACUGCAGAUGACGAUUUCAGUGACAGUGCAAUCACAAUUACAGUUCCAGCCAACAGUAACCCAUCGUACAGAAUAGACCAGUUUUUCACAAUCAGUGACGACGAUAUUGAUGAGGACGAGCAGAGUUUUGCAAUAGUUGCUGAGAUAGGACAGGAUGUGCCUGAUGGUAUCAGCUGGUUCCAGACUGCAUUCGGACACACAGAGUGUUGUGGACGACGUGGAGCCACUGAAAUUAGAAUCACCGACAAUGAUCCUAUGAUCAUUGGGUUCACCCAACGCAUUCGAACAGUAUCAGAAGGUCAAGUGCCUGGAGUGGAUCUGUUCCAGCUGCAGAUCAAUGUUGAGAGCGUGAGGACAGCUGAAAGAGAGCAUCCAAUGGUGUUCCGUCUCCUGGAAGCCAGUACUAAUGCUACCGUUGAGACACUGAUAGCAUCUAGUCCUGUUUUUGAUGCUACAUUUGGUCUAAGGGCAAACCCCGAUGAUCCCAUUCAGGAAGCCCGUGACCUGGACCCGGGAACACGUACAAUUAAACCAUUGCUGCUUACAGCCAUCAGAAAUGACUUGAUUCCUGAGGACCUAGAAUGCUACACUAUACGCAUAUUCCCUGUCGAUGUUGCUGGUCGCCGCGAGCUGUUUGAAUGCAACGAAGACGCUGCUAUGGCAGAUAAAUACUUCUGUGAGCACACUAUCUGCAUCGAAGACAAUGAUGAGCCAUUUGAGGUUGCUUUUGUAAGAACAAUGUACACUGUUGAUGAGAGUGCGGGUCCCGUGUUGGUCUGUGUCAAUCUCACUCGACCUGAAUUUGACAUUCUUGAGGAAACUGUCAAUGUGUUUGUCACUGACUUCCCAACUUCCAUGUACAUCCCAGUUGGUGAUGUUCCUUUUGCGACCCCUGAUAUUCCUGACUUUCUCAGUCGGUAUCCGAUGGCAGAGAGAUCCGACUUUCAACAGCAGACUGCUCUCGUCAAUUCAAUUGACGAUAUCCUUAUUAGUCAACUGAUGAGAAUAGUCUGCUACAACCAGACCAUCUACGACGACCUACGUUUGGAGGCGAAUGAAUAUGCUGGCCUCAUGCUUGAAGUGAGGGAUAAUCCGCAAACCACAGUUCGUACUCUAGAAAAGGAUUUGUUUAAUGAAUCAUCCAUUCUUAUUGUGGACAAUGACAGGGCUGUGGUGGGUCUGGAGAUGACAUUUUUCAGUGUCUCGGAAGGUGUUGGUUACGUUGAGCUCUGUGCCAAUGUUUCAUUCCCGGAGAUCACCUGUCCUAUUGAAUUCCCAUUUGAAGUUGGGCUUUCAACUGCUGAUGGGACUGCAGUAGAAACCAUGGACUAUGGAGCAAUUAAUGAGACUCUGAUGUUUGAUACCUGUGAGACGAGGAAGUGUGUGAAUGUCACCAUAACAGAUGACCUGGUGGACGAGCCACUGGAGUUCUUCACCUACACCCUGACAAGGACACCUUCUCUAGACCCCAGGAUUGAGCUUAAUCCUACUAAUGGAAGAGUUGAGAUAAUCGAUAAUGAUGUCAAUAUAAAUGUUGGCUACGACCCAAUCUCAUACGUUGCAAGUGAAGGACAGGGAAGUGUGGAGCUUACAAUUGUCAUCUUUGACCCACCUGUUGGUGGAGCUCCACGCCCUUUCACACUUGUCAUCAACACACAAGAUGGCACUGCAAUUGCAGGUGCUCCAGAUAAUGACUAUAAUGCUGUAAUCGGUGAGAUUGUGCAGUUCAAUGUUGGGGACACCUUUCAGACACACACAAUCAUCAUCAACCAUGAUAUGAUGUGUGAAAACGACCCAAAUGAGGAGUUCUUCUCCAAUAUUGCCCUUGACUCUGGUGUACAACCAAUAUUUGUCAUUCAACCUCAAGCUACAGUCACCAUCAAUGAUGACGCAGAACCUGAAUGCCUGCCAAUUGAGGUGGGCUACGAGUUCUCAGUCUACACCACUACUGAGGGAAUUGGAGUCGUAACUCUGUGUGCUGUUACGAACUUCCCUGGUGGCUCUCCAAGAACAUUCACUAUUAAUGCCACCACUGAAGAUGGAUCUGCUGUCUCUGGUGAUGACUAUGUUGGAGUAGUUGAUGUUCCACUGAUGUUUCAAGUGGGAGAUGAUCGUGUAUGCCACGAUGUCGUAAUCAUUGACGAUGACGAUUGCGAGACACCUUUUGAAGACUUCUUCUCCAAUUUGGAGUAUGACAGUGGGGAUAUGCCUAUCAUUAUCACAAGAGAGAGAACAAGGGUCAUUAUCAACGACACUGCCGAGCCAGAGUGUGACCCAAUCACUGUUGGUUACGAUCCUGUCACAUACGUAACAACUGAAACUAGUGGAAGUGUGACUCUCACAGUUAGGGUCUUCAGUCAUCCCGGUGGAGCUCCACGACCUUUCACUCUUGCCCAUAAACACACAAGAUGGCACUGC